ACAAGCAGUAUUUAUUAGCAGCAGUCUCCCCCUACCGUCACUGAUUUACGGUCCGGCCGAGCGAAUGUUCAGAAAACGCGCUGCUGCUGGGAGGAGACAUUACCGACAUUUCGUCUUUGACAGCACGGCUGGUGGCACCUUUCUUUCGGGACACAUUUUCAUUCGCCCACAAACGCCCAGUCUUGUGUCCUUAUUUGCUGCCCAAGAGGAAGAGCGGGGAAGGGAAGAAAUAAGCUAGCAGGUCGUCGGCUCGGGUUUGCUCCGCAGGGGUAGCCAGAGCUAAGGGGAAGCAGAGCAGACCCUGCCCAUUCGAGAGGGAAUCACGACCACUGCUCCAGCCACACAGAUCAUUUUUGCCUCCAUCAUGCAAACCUCCAUCCUUCUCCUCCUUUCCUCAGUCCUUCUCCUGUCUCUCCUCAUCCCCACAUGCUCUUCCCAGAGCGAAGCAGACCUCAUUGUUCAGACACGAACUGGUCGAGUCAGUGGCAUCCGCAUGCCGGUGCCAGACCGCAGCUACGUCACUGCUUUCCUGGGCAUCCCUUUUGCCGAGCCACCAGUAGGGAAGCGGCGUUUCCGUCGUGCUGAGCCCAAGCGUCCGUGGACAGGGGUGUAUGAGGCCCACUUCUACCCCAACGCCUGCUACCAGUUUGUGGACACAUCGUUCCCUGGUUUCCAGGGCAGCGAGAUGUGGAAUCCCAACAGAGAGAUGAGUGAAGACUGCCUGUACCUCAAUGUGUGGGUGCCCUCCUCAGCCAGACCCCACAAUCUCACUGUCAUGGUGUGGAUCUACGGCGGAGGGUUCUACAGUGGUUCUUCUUCUCUGGAUGUAUAUGAUGGCCGUUACCUAGCUCACACUGAGACAGUCAUUGUAGUUUCCAUGAACUACCGGAUCGGUGCCUUCGGCUUCCUCGCUCUGCAUGGCUCCUCUGAGGCUCCUGGCAAUGUGGGUCUGCUGGACCAGAGAAUGGCGCUGCAGUGGGUCCAAGACAACAUCCAUUUCUUUGGUGGAAACCCCAAACAGGUGACAAUAUUUGGUGAGAGUGCAGGUGCCGCUUCAGUAGGAUUCCACCUCUUGUCUCCAGACAGCCGGCCUACCUUCACCAGGGCCAUCCUUCAGAGCGGGGUCCCGAACUGUCCCUGGGCCUCUGUCAGCCCCACUGAGGCCCGCAAACGGGCCAUGCUGCUGGGCAAACUGCUUGGCUGCAACGGAGGCAAUGACACCGAGAUGGUGGACUGUCUGCGCAGUAAAACUCCACAGGAGCUCAUCGACCAGGAGUGGCAGGUCCUGCCAUGGUCAGCCCUCUUCCGAUUUUCAUUUGUCCCUGUCGUGGAUGGCGAUGUUCUGCCCGACACUCCAGAGGCCAUGCUCAACUCAGGCAACUUCAAAGAUACUCAGAUCCUGCUCGGGGUCAACCAGGACGAAGGCUCAUACUUCCUGCUGUAUGGAGCGCCGGGCUUCAGCAAGGACAAUGACAGCCUCAUCUCCAGAGAGGACUUCUUGGAAGGUGUCAAGCUGAGUGUACCACAUGCUAACGAUAUUGGCCUGGAGGCAGUUGUACUGCAGUAUACUGACUGGAUGGAUGAGAAUAACGGAGUGAAGAACCGCGAUGCCAUGGACGACAUUGUGGGCGACCAUAACGUCAUCUGCCCGCUGGCUCACUUUGCUCGCUCCUAUGCCCAGCACAGCGCCCUCAAGGCUAACAUGGGUGGAGGCAGCUCUGGGGCAACAAACAGUGGAGGAAACUCACAGGCAGGGGCCUACCUCUACCUAUUCGACCACCGAGCAUCCAACCUGGCCUGGCCGGAGUGGAUGGGUGUGAUCCACGGCUAUGAGAUCGAGUUUGUCUUCGGCCUGCCGCUGGAGAAGAGACUCAACUACACCCUGGAGGAGGAGAAACUUAGCCGACGCAUGAUGAGAUACUGGGCUAACUUUGCACGAACUGGAAAUCCCAAUGUGAACCAUGACGGGAUGGUUGAAAGCAAGAGGCGCUGGCCUCUGUUCACUAUCAGCGAGCAGAAACAUGUUGGACUCAACACUGAACCAUUGAAGAUCCACAAAGGUCUGAGGAACCAGAUGUGUGCUUUCUGGAACCGCUUCUUGCCACGCCUCCUCAACAUCACUGACAACAUAGAUGAGGCAGAGCGUCAGUGGAAGGUGGAGUUCCACCGUUGGUCCUCCUACAUGAUGCACUGGAAGAGCCAGUUUGACCACUACAGCAAGCAGGAGCGCUGCACUGACCUCUGAGAGCCUCAGCAGAGAGAGGAGAGAAUGAUGGGGAGGGGGGAGGCAGAGAGAACAAGCUAUGGCCAUUUCCCUCCAUAGCCCCUCAGUGAAGUCUAACUUCAUUCAACUUUUUUUGUUAUGUUUUCUGUUUUACUACACACACACAAACAGGUACUGUUGAUCUUUAUUUAUAUUAUUUAUACUAUUUAUUUAUCUGUCGUUUUUCUCAAUGUGUGUCUCUGUGGAAAUUUAGGGCUAUGGAGGGAACAUGUCAUCAGUAUGGAGGAAUAUUAGAAAUGUCAAAGAUGUGUCAUUACCUCGGGUGUAUGUGUGUGUGCGUGCGUGCGUUUGUAUGUGGCUUGAAAGCCCACUGUUUAACUCAAAUCUCGACAGGCCCAUAACACUGCACCACUACCACUGCUAGUUUACUGUUUACUCACUGUUUGUGUUGAUCUCAUAAACUCAUCUUUUGUUUUCUGAGGAUUCCUUUUUUCCAACAUAUCAGGGUUUUGGUUUUUUUUUUGGACUCAACAACACUGUUUAUUUCUGUCGAAGCCUUUAAGUCUUGUUCGUUGCUACUUUUAUGACCACUAUUCCCAUCGCCGGUCGUGUUCUGCUUAACUUUGCCCCGUGUGUUUCUCACGUGGUAAAGCCAAAUCCAAGUUGGGUUUUUUUGUAAAAAUGCUCCAUGUAAACAUUAGACUACCUAGAUUUUCCUUUGUGGUUUAUAAGUUCGAUCCUUCCAUCAGCCCAACUGAUUGGUGCCUAAUUUAGAUUACAUUGCAAAAUAAAAUCAGCUUGAAAAAUAUCUACUGAUACUGUGAAAAAAAACAAAAAACAAACUUCAUUGUAAAAGAUUGUAAAAUAGUGUAGAAGACACUACACAACUCAUAUAUCUUAGCAUCGUACAUGAAGGUAAAAUGGAGUCAGAAACAGCGCCACCCCCAAGUUAAAGUGAUGCUGUGUAACUUGUGUAACAGCGGUCUCUGUGGCCACAAGACAAUGGUACAUUUUCAACAGUAGUACAACUGAGAAGUGUCAUAAAGUCAGUGAAAUGACAAUGCCUUUUAAGUAGGGCUGCAGCUAGCAAUUAUUUUAAUUAUCAAAUAAACUGCAGAUUAUUGAAAUGAUACAUUGAUUAUUUAGUUCAUAUGAUAUUAGAAAACAGUGAAAUACCUAUCACAGUAUCCUAGAGUACAAGGUUUUGGAUUACCAGUCCAAAUCUGCAAAAUAUUAAAUUUGCUUUAAGAAAAGCAAAUUCUCACAUUUCAGAUUCUUCACGCAUCAAGUUUUGGUAGUUUUGCUUCAAUAGGGACUUAAUUGAUGACUAAUGUACUGGUUCUCAAAAUAUUGUACAAGCUCCCUCUAUCAUUUUUACAAUGACAUAAAUUAAUUUAAUAAAUGUAACAUAUGAUGCUAUCCAAAUACUACAACAUUUUAAAUUAAAAUACUUAAAGUAUGAGAUCGCGGAAAUGUAAUUUUAACAUGCGUUUUGCAUUUCCUGUAAUAUUUUGUUUCAGUAUCAGCCUGCUACAUAGUCACAUUUAUGCUUUGCAAAGCCUGGCUAACAACAGUCAACAAUAAAUAAUCUCUUUUAUGAAACCUGCCUCCUGCAUGUACUGUCUGAAUAGCUGAAUAGAGUGGGCCUAGCCUGCUGUAUUUUAACCUCGGUCAUAAUGGUGGCACUUGUAUAUUUCCUGAGGUGGUAUGUGCUGUAAAAAGUUUGAGAAACAAUCAAUAUUUGUAUAUAUCAAUAUUGAUAUACAUCCUAAAUGUGCUAACAUUAGCUAUGAUAAGCUUAUGGUCAUGGCAGACCAAGAAAGAUUGUAGCAGCAGAGUGUAUUCAAUUGAGCAAGGUUGUAAGAGGAUGAUUAUGUUAUUUCUUUUUAAAAAAUGGUCUCACUUUAAGGCCACAAUAUGUAGGAUUUUAAAAAUGUCUUAUCUUGGUGCAUUUCAGUGGAAGUAAGGAAUCAGUUCAUUUCAAUACACCCAUUAUAAUAUAAUAAUAUCCACCUUUGUGCUACUGCACUCUACUGUAUAAUAGUAUAUACUAGGGAUAAACAGAUUAUCUGACCUGAUAUUCAGCAUUUUUCUGUCACUAUUGUUUUAAGUGAUUGCUGAUUAAUUAAUUUGAAAUUGAGAUACUUUGAUCUGCCACUCUGCUGAAACUUUCACUAUAUCCUGACAGUAGAACAUGAGACAGAUAAUCUGUUUAACAAUCAGGUUCCUCUGGCUCCUCCUAGUGCUCCUAAUGGCAUUUACAAGAAUCAUACACAGCUGAACGAAAACAGCCAGAGCUGAGAAAGCUAUAUAAACAUAUUGGUCAAAGUAUUAGUAUAUAUUUGUAUUACAUUUUGACAUAUUCUUACAUUGCAGUGAUUGAGUGGCCAGUGGGAGCAACUUUGUCCUUCAAAAACCCAUAUUGACUGUUCUAGCAAACAGGAAACAUCAACAUUAUCGAUGUCUAUGUCUGUGCAUUUGUGUGUGUGUGUGUGCGUGUGCGUGUGUGUCUGUGUGCUGGUUUCAUGCACAGCUGUGAUGUAUUUCUGUGACACCCCUCCCUCUCUGUUCAUUCCAGUCCUGACUGCUUUAUCUCUCUGUCCUGUCAUCUUUUCACUUCUUUUCGCUCUUCUUAUCCUUCCACUUCGCCUCAUUUUUAUUCCUUACAGUUCCCCUCUCCGUUCCUUUCUUUUCCUUCUUUCUAUUUUUCCACCAACUGCCUUCCCUCAUAUCUAAGUCAUCCUCCCAUCUCCCUUCCAUCUCCCCUGUCCUCUCUUACUUCUGUAUCCGUUCCUUUUUCUUCCAUCACGGCCCUGUUGUCCGGCCCCUCACCCAGCUUUCCAUCUUCCUCUCUACUGCGGCUGUCAUUUUUGUCUUCAUCUCUAAUCAACCUCCACCCACCCUCCUGUCUUUCCUACUCUCUCACUCCCUACUCUCCCUUCUUUCUCUCACUCUUAUAUCAGACUCCUCUACCCCCCUCUCAUUUCUCUUCCUCCUUCCACCUCAUCUAACUUCUCUUCAUCAUCUCCCUCAUCUCUCUUCCCUUCCUCAUCCAUCUCUCAGCUGCAUCACUCUUCCCCUUCCUCCCCCCUCCGCCUCACGCUUAUCAUCCCCUGCCCCCUCCCCCAUCUCUCUCUCUCUCUCCGUCCUCCUGCUUUCUUGUUAGUCUAAUGGAAGCAGAGUAAUUCACUUAGCGGCAGGAUAAUGUGACAGAGUGCUGGCUCAGCCCUUGGCCUGCCAGCCAACAGGACACGAUGGAUUGAUGGAUGGAUAGAUGGAUGGAUGGAAAAUGGAGGUGGAAAGGUAGAGCGAUUAGGCAAGGAGAAAGGGGCAGGGAAGGAGGAGAGAGAGGGGACGAGAGAUGACAAGGCAGAAGGAGAGGUGGAGAUGUGAUGGAUAUAUGAAAAGACAGUCAGAGAAAUACAUCAUUACAUAACUCUAGUCAUUAUAAACACUGUGUGUGUGUGUGUGUGUGUGUGAGAGAGAGAGAGAGAGAGAGAGCGCUCCAGCAUAACGUAACAAAUGAUUCAGAUGUAAUAAAAAGUUGGUAGAGAUACACUAAUUACCAGCUUAUUUAAUAAUAAACUAUGAUAUUCUCCCCAGAUUUAGGUUUCAGGGCCGAACAAGGCUUUUACGGGGCCCCUCCCAGGAUAUCACCUCAAAAUAAAUGUACACAUGGUUACAUAGUUUGAUUGUGAAGUGGUGUUGGAAGAUAGCACUAGUUAGUGGCUUAAGUAGUAACACAACAAACCAACAGACAGUUCUAUUUUGUACCCAAAGAAACAGCUAAAGCAGGGUUAUUCAACUGGCAGACCCUGCCACAUAUUUCAAAAUGUGUAUAUUUACAGUAUUACAAACUGGGUGUCUGUGGCGGAAUUCUUAUAAAGAUGCAGUUUUAAGUUACUGCUAAUGCAAACCGAACAUUUCCUACUGCUGCAGAUUCAAGUUAAAAACAUUUAACCAGCAAGUUCACUUUUAUUAUGAAGUAGCUGUCACAGGAAAUGCAAUAUGUUUGUCACUAAGCUUGACACUGAUUUUUGGCUUUCUUUAACAGCAGAUCAGUUUAAAAUACUGCAGGGAGUAAAUAAAUAAGUAGGAGCAGCCCAAUGAGCUUCAGGUUGGUUAGAAAAACAUUUAAAAAAGUCCAUCCCCCACAGUGUCUGCUCAGAAUAAUUCUGGCCUUUGGGCAAAUGUAGUUGGAGACCCGUGGGUUAAAGGUCCUAUACACAUAAAGAUGUAUUAUUCAUAUAUUUUAUUUACAUAGAUAACCUUUUUGUCAACUUAUUUAUUUUUGUUUUGAAUUUACAGUGAAAACUUUUAUUUAACAGCAGUCACUCACAUUUGCAGAUAUAAAACUGUACGGAAAAUACCUACAUUUUGCCAAAAGUUAAACAAACUCACUUAUAAUUUCCUCAUUUCAGGGCCCCAAGUGGCCUAUUACUGUACUGAUGCUGUUAGGCUGAUUUUGAUUCUACUACAAAGCCCUGAAAGUCCUGAAAGAUGAUAUCUUAUGUGCACUAGAUAAUUACUCAGUGCAGACAAAUAUACUGUGUACAAGUUCAUAUCUUGUUCGAUCCAUAUGUUUUAAGUUAUAAAGAUAGUGAGUCUCAGAAGUUAUUAGCUGGUCUGCAAUACAUAUGGACCUUAUUUUCCACAAGAUAAUAACUGCGCAAAUGUUCCAUAUGUUGUGUUGUUUUGUGGGAACAAGAUUAUUCACAUCACAAGUUUUGGGAACAAGAUCGAUACAGUGUGUGCAAAAGUUAUCCAUAUGUUGUAGGCACUAAAAAAAGUAUUUAAGGUCCCCUCCAGUCAGAAAUCUGUUUUUUUCUCGUGCUACAGUGUGCUGUUUGAAUGAUGUCUGUGCAGAGUUUGACACUAGAAGGAUGUUUUCACAUUGAUCUAUGAAAGUGGAAAGUUUCUCUAGGCUCAUUGUAAAUCUUAAGAUUCUUCUUACAAAUUUGAGAGGACAGGGCCUACAAGCAUGAUUUGUGACAUAACAAAUAGUUAGGAAGUCAAACCUGGUCCCCAGUAUGCAACUUCUACUAUUGUGAUGUACAAACCUAAAGCCACCAGUGCACAUACACUGAAAAUGUACUUUACAGUGAAGUAGGAGACAUCUUUCAUAUUCAAAGAUUUUGGAAUUUCUAAUUAGGUAAAAGUAGUGGAUUACUCUUUAAGGAAAUCUUAAGGAUUUUAAUCCUUUUUUUUUUUUUUUUUAGAAAAAAACAAAGCAAACUAUUUGUAUUAUGUCCACAUACAUGGAGGGGGUCUUUAACAAUAAUGAAUUAAUAACACUAGUGCAUUCUAGAUAAAUAAUCUUUCAGGACUGUUGCCUCUUUUAAAAAAAAAAUCACAUUUGUAAUUUAUCAUUUGCUGAACAGGACUCUUUACCUUGGCUGCCAUCUCACUCCAUCUGAGUGUGUGUGUGUGUGUGUGUGUGUGUGUGUGUGUGUGUGUGUGUGUGUGUGUGUGUGUGUGUGUGUGUGUGUGUAAGUAACGUAACCACUGUACCUGUCUGUCAACCUCUUCGCUGGGACAACUGUCAGCCAUUUGGAGCGCUGAUUUCAGCUCCCUCCCAGUUUUCAAAAUAAAAUGGCGAAGUGUCUCUGUCGGCAUGUGAAGCUCCUAUUUAUGGACCGGAGUAGUGUAGUCUAGCUUUAAAAAGAACUAAAUAUGAAUAAAGGAUUGUACCUGAUGUCUAAAAUACCAGUGAAGAAUGCAUGUGUGACUGGCUGUGUGAGUGACAGCUCCUCCAGCUCCUCUCAUCCAAUGGGAGACCCCGCUUAAGCCCCACCUCCUUUCUUUGCCCUCCUAUCAGAUCCUUAUGCAUGUCCUUAAGUCCACCCGUCCCCAGUAUAUCCUACAAAACUUGGACUGUUAUUUUCUGUAAAAUUUGUACUUUUGAACAAAACUAUUAUCAAGUGAUAUAUCUCUAAUGUUAGGUACGUUUAAUGUUAGCAAUAACGUCAGUAAAGGAAUAUAUUUGAUAUUUAAAUGCAGUGAAAAUAUAACGUGAUAAAACAACAAUGAUGAUGGAUAGAGGUUGUGUUUUAAAAGCAAUAUUAUUCUUUAGUAUGAACUAAAAAUGAGUGCCAUAUGUAUUUAUUCUUGUAUUUUCUGUUUGUUUGACUUUGUUUCAGUCCUCUGCCUCAUUGUUGUUUGUUCCAGUCACUAGUACUGUAAGUGUUAAAGGCUUCUGUAGCUUCCCAGUAUGUCUCUGUGUAUCAUGAAUGCUGACUUGGUUAAGCUAUAGCAACAGAAAUAAAGACAUCCUGCUGCUUCUGUC